CUUCACUUCUCCUUUCUAGCUGCUUAUAAAGGAGAGGCAGACUAGAAACCUUCAGAGAUAAUACAACCUGUAUUCAAGGUACAAUGAAGUACAUUGCUGUCCUGCUGUGCUUAGCACUAUUAAUGGAAGGCUGCUCUUUAAUAACAGGAUUUCCUUGGGAGAGCCUUAAGACUGGAAAAAAAUGUAGAUGUUUGAAACAGACCAAUAAAAGGCCAUCUUCCUUUUUUCGUAUUCAAGUGUAUCCUGAAAGAUUUAACUGCAGAAAGAAGGAGGUCCUGGUCUUCCUAAGAACCAAACACAUUAUCUGUGUAGAUCCUGAGGCAAGAUGGCUUCAAGUGAUGAUAUCCAAUUCACACAAAAAACACAAUGAGAAAAGUGAAAAUAAUACUUAAAAUUGGAAGGGAUCUGGAGCAGAGGAAUCCGACACCGCUGUUACUCAAGAUAUACUCCCAAUCUUGGGAGUUCGAUUGAUUUAAAACUCAUCCUAAAGAAAGAAUUAUUCUCUAAAAUUUUCACUGAUUAUUCUUGUUUAUCUUAGCAAACUCGUAUCUUGUUUUUUAUGACAUUUCUAC